CCCGGCCCGGCCCAUGGGACCAAAGUACCAAAAUGAAUGAAUGACUGAAUUUGCUGAGCUCGGUGAGUCGGUCAGUCAUCCAAAAACCAGAAGCAGAACGUUCAGGAAAGCGUUGAUGCGAACCCCAAUCUUGUCUUCAUACUCCCAAGUUCUGCAGAAAUGGCUACACCGUUUCUGGCUGGGCUUGCAAUAGCUGCUGCUGCUCUUGCUGGUAAAUAUGGAAUCCAGGCUUGGCAAACAUUAAAGACUCGACCACCAAAACCUAGGGUUCGCAGAUUUUAUGAUGGCGGCUUCCAACCUACUAUGACAAAGAGGGAAGCUGCUCUUAUCCUUGGCGUUAGAGAGAACGCCACACCAGACAAGGUUAAGGAAGCGCACAGAAGGGUAAUGGUUGCAAACCAUCCUGAUGCUGGCGGUAGCCAUUACCUUGCUUCUAAAAUUAACGAAGCUAAAGAUGUGAUGCUUGGAAAGACAAAGGGUAGCGGCUCUGCUUUUUGAUAUUCUUGAACACCCUCAAAUUCUUGGCCAUGCACAUUCAUUAAAGCACGGUUGUUGAUCUUGAAGAGCGGCUACACUGACCAAAAAAUCCAAAAGGAGUGGAAUUUAAGCACAUCGUCGAGUUCUUAUUCGUCAGAAGGCAGUGAAAUUAGAGGGUUUGCUUUUGUUACUGUUUUAUAGAACCAGAAGCAACAGCUUUGCUGUAGUGUUGAGAAGAAUAACAAUGAAUUAUGAAUAUUUGAAAAACUAGACAUCAUAAAGCUCAUGGUAGGCUUCCUAAUAUUACAAAAUAGAUGUGCAUAUUUCAGUA